AUGAGUGAGUUGAUUAUAGAAGAACCUCCAGAACUGGGCUCUGGAAUUUCUAAUGAAGUACAGCAAAGGUAUACCAAUUGGAAGAAGAAUACAAAGUUGCUCUACGACUAUUUGAAUACAAACACAUCGAAAUGGCCAUCUCUAUCCUGCCAAUUCUUCCCAGACCGUACUCUUACGAAUGACAAACAAAGGAUAUUAUUAUCUUCAUUCACAUCGCAGCAACUUCCGCAGGAUGAGUCAAUUUACAUCGGGUCCAUAUCUACCAUGAAUCAUAUGAAAUGGAGUUCCAUCAAUAACUUCGACAUGGAUGAAAUGGAAUUUAAACUGGAUAAUUCAUUGAAACUGAACGACAAGACAUUAGAAGAAGAGGUACGAAUAACGUACCCUGACGGUGAUUGCAACAGAUGUCGGUACAUGCCUCAGAACCCCGAUAUAAUUGGGACUGCAUCAUCAAAUGGAUCAGUGUACAUAUUUGAUAGAACGAAACAUGGUAAUAAGAUUUCCACAGGCAGGAAAUUCGAAAUCGAAUGCAGAAAUAACGGUGACGAUGAACAGGACGAGAGUUUAUCCCUUGCAUGGAAUUACCAAUUGGAGGGUACCUUAGCUACAUGUCAAAGUAACGGGAAAGUAAAAGUAUGGGAUCUUACUAAAUUUGAUAAGUCGAAACAGAGAAUGGAAAUACCUGAAAGAGAGAGUGUGAUGGACGCGAAUGGAGUCAAUGAUGUGUCAUGGAUGGUAAACCACACUUCCAUUUUAGCAUCAUGCGGAGAAUCCAACGUCAUUGGACUGAUAGACAUAAGACAAGAUACGAAAAUGGACACAUUACACCGUACUACACAUACAGAUGGAAUCAAUGCCAUCGAGUUUAACUAUAAGAACGAUAUGAUAUUGUGUACCGGUGAUUCUCAGGGCCAGUUAAAGAUCUGGGACAUAAGAGAUUUCAAGGAGCCAAUAAAGGAAUGGGAACAUGGAGAUCAGGAUCCCAUCUCUGCCAUUCAAUGGAACCCUCAGAUACCGCAAAUACUGGCCACUGCAGAUCAACAGAGUGGAUUAGUGAAGAUAUGGGAUGCAUCAGGUGAACAAGAGGACUCUAACGCUGAAAACAACAUGCUAUUAUUUGUCCAUGGUGGUCACAUGCUCGGAGUCAACGACAUUUCAUGGUCACAACAUGAUCCAUGGACCAUGUGCAGUGUAUCGAACGACAAUUCAAUUCAUAUCUGGAAGCCAGCAGCAAACUUAGUAGAACAAUUGUAG